AUGGACCCAGACAGAUACCAGAGUUCCGAAGAAAUCUUUGCUGGCCUUCCAACAGACACUCUUGGCAAUGGGCUGCCAGCGUCGUUUGUUAAAUCGGGUAUUGAUCGUCUGCUUGAGCAUGAUAUAGACCCCGAGCACAAUCUUGGGAGUUUCGUAUCUACUGGUCUGAACGAUAUUGGAGAAAGGCUUCUUAUGGAGAGCUACAAGAAAAACCUCGCUUGCCAAAACGAAUACCCUGGUGUUCGCGAGAUACAUGAUCGGUGCGUUGAAAUACUAGGAACAGUAUGGGGUGCAUCAUGCAACGAGAAGCCGACUGGUUGGGCGGCGUCUGGCAGUUCUGAGGCCAUCUUCCUUGCAAUUCUGGCUAUGAAACGAAAAUGGCAGGCAGAAAACGGAGGCGUGGCCCCUUUCAAUGGUCCAACACUCAAUAUAAUCACAGGAAGUCAUGCUCACGUCGCGGUGACAAAUGCAGCUAAAGCAAACGACAUUGAGAUUCGGUCAGUGGACGUAGGGCCAGAAAGUAAUUAUAGCUUUGACCCGUCCAAAAUGCAGGGACUAUUGGAUAAUUCUACAAUUGGGGUUGUCUUGGUAUUGGGUAAUACGUAUACGGGGCAUUUUGACCCAAUAGAGAACGUCAAUACCGUUCUCGACAACUACGAACAGUUGCAUGGUCGUAAUAUUCCCAUUCAUGUUGAUGCAGCCAGUGGUGGAUUCGUUGCGCCAUUCAACUGUGGGAAACCUAAUCGAUGGGACUUUACUAUACCCCGCGUUAUCUCUAUAAACGCGUCCGGCCAUAAGUUCGGUCUUACAGCUGCGGCUUUGGGCUGGAUUAUAUGGCGCGACCAGAGAUUCUUACCCUCGGACAUGCUCCACCAAUCUUCAUACCUUUCAGGCCACCAUGAGCUUCCAACACUCCGAUACUCUCAAUCUUCAAGUAGCGUGUUAAUCCAAUAUUAUCAUUUAGCUCGUCUAGGUCGUCAAGGGUUUGAAAACAUCAUCCAAGAUCUAUUACAGCGAUCUAGUGCUCUAGGCAAGACUUUGGAAGGAACGGGAAUAUUCACAUGCAUCAGUGAAUCCCACAGGACCACGGAAAACACUCUACCUGUAGUUGUAUUCCGUGUAAAUCCUGCAGUACAAGACCAACGUCCGGAAUUUACUGAGCAGUGGAUCAGUGAUCAACUCUUCGAUAAGGGUUAUAGUGUUCCAUGCUCUAAACUACCUACCCAUGGAGAGGACAUAGAGGUUUUGCGAGUUGUUAUAAGGCCAAGCCUUAAGCCUACCGUGCUGGAUUCAUUUAUCACCGAACUUCUCUCAUUACUCAAUCUUUAA